UAGGAAGUGGGCACCGUUCCAAUCUAGGACGUCACUGCUUCAAUCUUCAUCAACCUUAAAACCCUAAACUCUGCAAAACCCUAACUCGUUCUGAAUCAACACAAUGGACACUCACUCUACCCACCCAACAGCCCCAGUACGCUCUCGCAGCUCUCAAUCCCCUUCACACUCUGCCUCCGCCUCCGCUUCCGCCUCCGCCACUUCCUCAAUCCACAAGCGCAAGCUCACCUCUGACGACCACGCGCCACCGUUUUCCGCCGACAUUACCUCCAAUGACGAUCUCGAUAGCAUCAGCGCCCGCGCCGGGGGCCCCGGCUCCGAUUCCGACGAUGACUCCGAGGAGGACGCUGUCGUCGACGACGAAGAGGACGACUUUGAUAACGAGUCUAUGCGGACAUUUACCACUGCGCGGCUGGACAACAGUGCGACGGCUUCAGCGGCAGUCCGUAAUACCAAGAUCAAGCCGGAGAAUUCGACGGUGAAAGUGGAAUCGUCGGAAAUUGGGAAGGACGGAGGUUCUUCGGCUGCGGCGCCGGUUGGAACUAGUUCUGUGCCGGCUAUUGUGGUGAAGGAGGACGCCACGAAGAUAUUCACAGAAAAUAUGCAGACUAGUGGGACUUAUUGCGCCAGAGAAGAGAGUUUGAAAAGGGAGGAGGAAGCAGGAAGGCUCAAAUUUGUGUGCCUUGGAAAUGAUGGUGUUGAUCAGCACAUGAUUUGGUUGAUAGGAUUGAAGAAUGUAUUUGCCAGACAACUGCCAAAUAUGCCCAAGGAAUACAUCGUUCGUCUUGUUAUGGACCGAAGCCACAAGUCUGUAAUGGUUAUCAGACGUAACCAGGUUGUUGGUGGCAUUACAUACCGCCCAUAUGUCAGCCAAAAAUUUGGAGAGAUAGCCUUUUGUGCUAUCACAGCUGAUGAACAAGUAAAAGGCUAUGGCACCAGAUUGAUGAAUCAUUUAAAACAGUAUGCACGUGAUAUUGAUGGGUUGACUCAUUUUCUGACGUAUGCUGAUAACAAUGCUGUUGGUUAUUUUAUCAAACAGGGUUUUACAAAAGAAAUUUCCUUGGAGAAAGAUAGAUGGCAAGGGUACAUCAAAGAUUAUGAUGGAGGAAUCCUUAUGGAAUGCAAAAUUGAUCCAAAGCUUCCAUACACUGAUCUGUCAACUAUGAUUCGUCGUCAGAGGCAGGCAAUUGAUGAAAAGAUAAGGCAACUCUCGAACUGUCAUAUUGUCUACACAGGAAUUGAUUUUCAGAAGAAUGAAGUUGGCAUUCCAAGAAGGAUCAUCAAAGUUGAGGAGAUUCCUGGCUUGAAGGAGGCUGGGUGGACUCCUGAUCAGUAUGGCCAUUCUCGAUUUAGAACAACAAGUGCCUCUGCGGAUAGAGCAUCAAAUAGAAAAUCCCUAACUGCAUUCAUGCGCUCACUUUUAAAGUUAAUGCAUGAUCAUCCUGAUGCUUGGCCGUUCAAGGAACCAGUUGAUGCACGUGAUGUGCCUGAUUAUUAUGACAUCAUCAAAGAUCCUAUGGAUUUGAAGACAAUGUCUAAGAGGGUGGAGUCAGAGCAAUACUAUAUCACAUUGGAGAUGUUUCUUACCGAUGUCAGGACAAUGUUCAAAAAUGCCCGCACCUACAACUCUCCUGAUACAAUUUAUUAUAAAUGCGCCACCAGGCUGGAAUCCUUUUUCUCAGGAAAAGUUCAAGCAGGCCUCCAAUCUAGUAGCAAAAUUCAGCAGUAAUUAAGUCGAGACUUUCAAGCAAACAGAUCUGCAGUAGUUUCAGAUCCAAAUCUGUAGAUGAUGAGUUAUUGCAGUUGUAACAGUAUUAAUCUAACCCUAAUUUUGAAUAUGGACAUGUGUUGUUGUCAUGCUUUAUGACCAAAUGUGACUGCACCCAAAAGGGUACAAAUAAUGGUCAUGUAAAUUUUUACUUUACAACUUUAGUUUAUGUAACUUUUUGUUUAUAUUGAAUGUUAUCUUCAUUUACAUCUUUGGAAUA